UCUCUCUGCUAGUGGUGGUUUCGGUUGCGACACAGUCCAGGUUCCCAGGCAGGAGCCGCUCGACCUGGCUGCUUCGCUCCUUUUCAGUGAGGAGGUGGUGGAAGGUGUCGCCGGCUGCGGCUGAGUAAGGGUGGCUGGCGGAGCCGCGGCCCCCGCCCUGGGCCUGCCUCUUCCCGGCCCCUGUACUUUGCCCUCGCUGCCCGACAGGUUCUGCUGUGGGCGCUGCUGCAUGGAAGCCGCUGGUAGCCCUUGUCCCUUCCUCAAGCCGGCCCACCGUGGGACACCUCGACUCCAAGCCCAGCAGUAAGUCCAACAUGCUGCGGGGCCGCAACUCGGCCACCUCUGCUGACGAGCAGCCCCACAUUGGCAACUACCGGCUCCUGAAGACCAUCGGCAAGGGAAACUUCGCCAAGGUGAAGCUGGCCCGGCACAUCCUGACUGGGAAAGAGGUAGCUGUGAAGAUCAUUGACAAGACCCAGCUAAACUCCUCCAGCCUCCAGAAACUUUUUCGAGAAGUAAGAAUAAUGAAGCUUUUGAAUCAUCCCAACAUAGUUAAAUUAUUUGAAGUGAUUGAGACUGAGAAAACUCUCUACCUUGUUAUGGAGUAUGCUAGUGGAGGUGAGGUGUUUGAUUACCUAGUGGCUCAUGGGAGGAUGAAAGAAAAAGAGGCUCGAGCCAAAUUCCGCCAGAUAGUGUCUGCUGUGCAGUACUGCCACCAGAAGCUUAUUGUUCAUAGAGACUUAAAGGCAGAAAACCUGCUCUUGGAUGCUGAUAUGAACAUUAAGAUUGCAGACUUUGGCUUCAGCAAUGAAUUCACCUUUGGGAACAAGCUGGAUACCUUCUGUGGCAGCCCCCCCUAUGCUGCCCCAGAGCUCUUCCAGGGCAAGAAGUAUGAUGGCCCCGAGGUAGACGUGUGGAGCCUGGGGGUCAUCUUAUAUACACUGGUCAGCGGCUCCCUGCCUUUUGAUGGACAGAACCUCAAGGAGCUGCGGGAGCGGGUGCUGAGGGGGAAGUACCGUAUUCCAUUUUACAUGUCCACGGACUGUGAGAACCUGCUCAAGAAAUUUCUCAUCCUCAAUCCCAGCAAGAGAGGCACUUUAGAGCAAAUUAUGAAAGAUCGAUGGAUGAAUGUGGGUCAUGAAGAUGAUGAACUAAAGCCUUACGUGGAGCCAGCACCAGACUAUAAGGACCCUCGGCGGACAGAGCUGAUGGUGUCCAUGGGUUACACCCGAGAGGAGAUCCAGGACUCCCUAGUGAGCCAGAAGUACAAUGAGGUGAUGGCCACCUAUCUGCUCCUGGGCUACAAGAACUCUGAGCUGGAAGGUGACCCCAUCACCUUGAAGCCGAGGCCAUCAGCUGAUCUGACCAAUAACAGUGCCCCGUCCCCAUCCCACAAGGUACAGCGCAGCGUCUCAGCCAACCCGAAGCAGCGGAGAUUCAGCGAUCAGGCUGGCCCUGCCAUUCCCACCUCUAAUUCCUACUCUAAGAAGACUCAGAGUAACAACGCCGAAAACAAGCGGCCUGAGGAAGACCGAGAGCCAGGACGAAAGGCCAGCAGCACAGCCAAAGUGCCUGCCAGCCCCCUCCCCGGCAUGGAGAGGACUAAGACCACCCCUACACCCUCCACGAACAGCGUCCUCUCCACCAGCACAAAUAGAAGCAGGAAUUCCCCACUUUUGGAGAGGACCAGCCUUGGCCAGGCCUCCAUCCAGAAUGGCAAAGACAGCCUAACCAUGCCAGGGUCCCGGGCCUCCACGGCUUCUGCUUCCGCCGCAGUCUCUGCGGCCCGACCCCGCCAGCACCAGAAAUCCAUGUCGGCCUCCGUGCACCCCAACAAGGCCUCUGGGCUGCCCCCCACGGAGAGUAACUGUGAGGUGCCGCGGCCCAGCACAGCCCCCCAGCGUGUCCCUGUCGCCUCCCCCUCCGCCCAUAACAUCAGCAGCAGUGGUGGAGCCCCAGACCGAACCAAUUUCCCCCGAGGUGUAUCCAGUAGAAGCACCUUCCAUGCCGGGCAGCUCCGACAGGUGCGGGACCAGCAGAAUUUGCCCUAUGGUGUGACCCCAGCCUCUCCCUCUGGCAACAGCCAGGGCCGACGGGGAGCCUCCGGAAGCAUCUUCAGCAAAUUCACCUCCAAAUUUGUACGCAGGAACCUGAAUGAACCUGAAAGCAAAGACCGAGUGGAGACGCUCAGACCUCACGUGGUGGGCGGCGGAGGCGGCAACGACAAGGAGAAGGAGGACUUCCGAGAGGCCAAGCCGCGCUCGCUGCGCUUCACGUGGAGCAUGAAGACCACGAGCUCCAUGGAGCCCAACGAGAUGAUGCGGGAGAUCCGCAAGGUGCUGGACGCCAACAGCUGCCAGAGCGAGCUGCACGAGAAGUACAUGCUGCUGUGCGUGCACGGCACGCCGGGCCACGAGGACUUCGUGCAGUGGGAGAUGGAGGUCUGCAAACUGCCGCGGCUCUCCCUCAACGGCGUGCGCUUUAAGCGGAUAUCGGGCACCUCCAUGGCCUUCAAAAACAUUGCCUCCAAAAUAGCCAACGAGCUGAAGCUUUAACAGGCUGCAGGAGCGGGGGAGCGGGAGGCGGCCAGCUGGACUUAGCUGCUGGGGUCUCCGCGGCGCCACGGGCGAGAUGCAGACUGGACUAGGUGUCUCCCCCUGCUGGCCCUCCUCCCUCCCUGCCCGGCGCCCUCCCACACGUCCACCCCUGUCAGAAGCCCUCCUGCGCCCUGUCCCCCCGCCGGAGGCAAAGCCGGGGGGAGGGCGGGGCAGGGCCCCCGGUACUGCGGUUGCACAGAGUAUUUCCCCUAAACCAAGAAAUUUUUUUAUUACCAAAAAGA